AUGAGCCGCAGCCGGCCAGCAGCCAACGUCACGGCCGAUGUCGAGGACGCCUCCCGCGAUGGCAAGUCUGCCAGUGAACCUGACGCUUACUUUGACAUUCAUGACUCCUGGGAGCCAACCGAGGAGGAGGACAAGGAGCUCGCGAUCACCGCAGAGAAGGAUGCUAGCUGGUGGCAGAGCUGCUACCACAACACCACUGCCAUGGUGGGCGCUGGUGUGCUGUCCCUGCCGGCCUCGUUCGCAACUUUGCUGUGGCCCGGAGGCAUCAUCAGCCUCGUGCUGGCGACUCUUAUCAGCCUGUACACCAUUCUGCAGCUUACGUGGCUUCACGAGCAGCGCAACCCCAAGGACGGCUCAAUCCACCGCAUGAAUCGCUACCACCAGCUCACUUCACAUGCCUUUGGCCCCAAGGCUGGACGCUGGAUGUUGUUGCCCUUCCAGCUCAUGGUCUGCAUUGGCGGCGCAAUCACAUAUACCAUCACGGGGGGUGCGUCCCUGAGCCGUGUGUGGAAGUACACUUGCGACGGAUCUGUGGACCCCGACACCAACCUUAAGUCUUGCAACACGUCGUUUGGGCUGUCGGCCUGGAUAGUGGUCUACUCGGUGGCGGAGGCCAUCCUCAGCCAGGUUCCAAACUUCACCAAGCUCGGCUGGGUGUCUGCAGUGGGUGCCUUUGCAUCCCUAGCCUACUCGACCAUUGCUUGGGUGCUGCCCCUUGUUUAUGGGUCCGCAGCCAACGUGUCGUAUGGACCCAAACCCGACCGCACAACGGCCCAAGUCGUGUUUGGCGUCUUUAACGCGCUUGCCAACAUCGCCUUCGCUUAUGGCGGCCACAACAUGGCUCUGGAGAUCCAGUCCACCAUCCCCCUGAAGCCCCCGAGGCGCGGCAAUGGGCCGGCAUCAUCUGUUCGCCAGAUGGAGGUCGGAGUCUACACGGCAUAUGCCAUUACAAUUUACUGCUAUUUCAUGGUGGCCAUAUUUGGCUACCACGCAUUUGGAAACCUUGUGGAGGGAAAUGUGCUGUACAGCAUCAACCGUCCUUGGCAACUGAUGGUGUUCACCAACCUCACUGUAGUGCUGCACGUGCUUGCGAGCUACCAGGUGUUCAGUUUCAUUGUCUAUGACCUCAUUGAGAAGAAGAUCAUCAUCGACCGCCUCAAGCUGCGCCCUACGCUGCCCGUCCGCCUGGUGUACCGCACCCUGUACGUCGUCUUCACGGCGUUUGUGGCCUGCCUGCUCCCCUUCUUUGGUGACAUCAUGGGCCUGGUCGGCGCUUUGGGCACGACCCCCACAUCGUACACAAUCCCGCCGAUCGUGUGGCUGAAGCUCAAGAAGCCGCCUACAUUCAGUGCCCACUGGUGGGCGUGCUGGAUCACCAUCGUCCUGUCAGCUUCGGUGGGCGUCCUGGGGGCGCUGGGGUCGAUCUACCAGCUGGCCAUCAGCGCGCCAACUUUUGGCGUCUUCCAGAGGUGA